UGGCCGAGCGAGGCUAGCAGACGACGCAGUGGCAGGCAGCGGCAGUGCCAGCGCAGUGCGCCGUCGCUCCAGCAGUGCUGUAGCCGUGCCGUAGCCGCUCCGGCAAAAUGUCAAUACUCAAGAUCGCCUUGCUUCUACCGAAUAUCGUUUUAUUUGUGUUAAUUUGUCUCGCAGCAGGAAAUCCUUUGGGAAUACUCUACGAGGAGCCGGAGAACUUCGAAGCGAACUGCACCGACUUCCAAGGCCAAACAUUCCAACACGGUCUGCGCUACGUGCCGGGCCCCAGCGUCUGUUCCUUGUGUGUCUGUUACCAUAGUGAGCCAAAGUGGUGCCAAUCUAUCUACUGUGACCCCCCUAACAGAUGCCGCAACAUCUCACAAGGUGAGCGAUGCUGCGAGUACACGUGCCUGGACCCGCCGGGCACCAAGUACAAUGAGUCCGGCAAGCGGCGGCGGUUCAGCGCGGGCGGCAGCAGGGAGGCACCGCUGCCGGCGCUCACCGCGGGCCUCACCGUGCUCACCGCCCUCUCCACAUCCGCACUGGCGCGGCCCUGGAGCCUCAGCACUCACCCCACCUCGCCGGCCACGCCACUCAGCUAGGUCGUCCCGCCGAUCGCUUCUUACCGUAGUUUUCUAAGAUUGACUAUUACUGUGAAUAUGUUCAUCUGUGCCGCACAAGCGUCUCUCCUUCAAAGCUUCUUUCCGAUUACUUAUUGUUGGUCUUCCCUUUUUGCGUGUCUCUCCUUUUGUAGUAUGACGUUUAUUGUCGAAACGAUAUUUUGAUUGUGAUUUUCUUCCUUUGUCAUACUAUUAAAAUUCCAUAAGUUUUAGGGUACGAUGAAAAAAUAUCUUAGGAGGACCGAUGCAGUUUUCUUGUUAAAAGAAAAAAUCUGCUGGCAGUGCUGUAUUUUAUACAUUUUUAAUACAAGAUUUUUUCCGUGUAGAGCACUCGCAAACGUACGAUGACCAAUAGGAUUUGUACGUUCAGAGCUUUAUUAUAUUGUCAUAUGCCGACUACUGUCUGUUUUACGUUAAAGAAUGAGAGCCCAACAGAAGAAACAAUAAUGUGACCAACUCAUACUUAGUCUUAUGUGAGGCACUCGAUCUUGCUACUUAAUUUGUUUCUUCUCGUAAGAUGGGCGAUUCAGGUAAAAGAAAAACUUGGUUACCAAUCCCAUAACUUUCUUUAGUAUUGCGGAAAACGGACUGAGUAGUUCAGCGAUGUUCAUGUUAAGUCAGAAAAGGAAAACUCCAUGUUUGAGGGCACAAAUUGUUUAGCCUGCACAGAAAGUUGCAGUAUUCUUCCAAUAUGUAAGAAUUUUACCAAAUUUUACUGUGCAGUUAAGUGAACAUAGCUAUGAAAAUCAGGGUAAGCCAAAGUAUGGCUUGGCUUAGAAGAACAUAAUCGACACGACAAUAUUGCCACACGUGCUUUUUUAUCUAAAAUUAUUGAAGUCGUUAGUUAUAGUUAAAAACAGGUUUUUAGGAAAACGUGGUUCGAACUCGAUAUUUUUAUGAACUCCACCAGAUAAAAUAGAAAGUGAAUUAUUUUGGUUACGCUUUCUUUGUCUUCAAUUUCUCGGAUGAUCCUUUUGCUAAAGACCGUUCCUGGGUUUAGACGAUGUGAUAAAUGAGUAUGUGAAUCCGAGUUGUUGAACUGAAAUUAUGCAGUGUAGGAUAGUUAAAUUUGCUCAAACCUUUGACUUUUUGUUUCAUCGCGACCCGGUGUGAUUUCAUCUAGACCUAUCUAGACUGCCGCUUACGGUGCUGCCGCUAACCAGACAUUUGAGUUGCCCAUGGUAUUGUUGUUCCUAUUAUUGCCACAUAACAAUAGCACAAAACCAGCAGCAAAAGCUACGCACAAAGGGUUUUCGGCGUAAAAACACAUUUUUCUUUCCGCCACGCGCAUUUGGAGAGUGUUCCUCGUUUUCAUAAGAGAUACUUUAAAAUUUAUAUUUCGUGUAAUGUAAAGUGAUAUAUAGUUAUCGUAGUUUUAAAAAUGUAGACGAUAUGACUUGGACCACGGUGAGCGAAUGAGUAUUUUUUCGGGAUCCGUCGUACGUUUGUACCUUUGUGGAAAAGAGUAUGGUCAGAUUGACGCCUCUGUUCAUGUUUGGCUUACCAGUGUCAAGCACAAGUAGUGUUCUCCAAGCAGAGACGUCAUUUUCACCAUUUAUUGGUCGAGUUCAUAGUUUUAUGUCCAAUGGUAAACAACCAUCGGCCAACGUUAUAAGUUUAUAAGCCCUUUACAGGUUUGAAAUAUAAUGUCGCUAAAAUAAAA